CGAGAUCCGAAAGAAAUGGUGUCUGAGUUUCUCAACGUACUCUUCCACUGUCUACAAACAGUGACAUGSCAGUCCCUUAUUGUCACAGUUACCACUGGUCUACUUGCAUGGAUUUUGUAUCAAGUGUUWAAAGAAAAGCUCUCUCCUUUGAGCAAGAUUCCUUYUCCACCUGGUCGACUACCUUUCUUUGGGCAUCUUUUUCAUAUAAUGAAAUCUGGAGGCAUGCACUUAGCUGUUAGAAAAUGGGAAGGUACAUAUGGGCCUAUUAUUACAUUUGGACCUGGAUUUGGACUUCGAAAUGAACGCGUCGUUCUUUUCGACAAAGAUUUCAUCAAACAAGUUGUGAUAUCAGAAAGCCACAAAUAUAAUCGACCAGAAUUCUUCAAAGAACUUUUACCAGGGUUUGGCAAUGGUUUAUUUGGAUCAAGCGGAAGGGUACAUGCAAAACAGCGGAAAAUGAUCAACCCUGCUUUCAGUUAUACAAAUUUGAAGACUUUUGUGCCUGCGUUUGUCGAGUCAGCGGAACAAUUAGUGGAGCUUUGGACUCGUAAAAUUCAGCAUUCAUCGACUGUAGACAUUGGUGACGACAUCUGCCAUGUUACUCUUGAUAUCAUUGGUAAAACCUCGUUUGGCUAUGGUUUCAAUACUGUUUUGGGGAAAGAAACGGAAAUUUCUGCAGCGUUCAACUCCUUGCUCAGUGGUGCCGAGUUAGGCUACAUACUUCGUCGUACACUUAUUCCAUUUUAUAAAUAUUUGCCAUUGCCGGACAACCUUGCUGUCAAGAAGUCACUCAGUCUUGUUAACAGUACCGUAUUUAAGGUUAUUGGCGAACGCCGCAUGCAUAAAACGGUUGACCACAAGGAUCUCCUUGACUUAUUACUCGAAAUGUAURAWGAAGAGACUGGUGCUGGUUUUGAUGAUGAAGAACUGCGGGCUCAAGUCUUUACAUUCAUGCUAGCGGGACACGACACAACGAGUACAUCAUUGUCAUGGACGUUGUUCGAGUUAGCGAAAAAAUCCGAAAUACAGGACAAAAUAAGMCAAGAAGUCAAGGAAGUUCUUAAAGAAGAGGAGAAAUUGACUUGGGACAAGCUAGAACAGCUUGAAUACCUGGGUUGUGUGAUCAAGGAGUCUCUACGGCUUCGUUCUCCUGCUUCUUUUUUUGCCAGAGAAACCAAUCAAACUGUCAAUAUUGGUGGCUAUGAGAUACCAAAAAACACCAUUAUCUCGAUUCCAAUUGAUGCUCUUCACUUGUCGUCGGACCUUUGGGAAAAUCCUUUGGAAUUUAUUCCUGAAAGRUUYAUGAAAAAUGAUGCYACUCCAAUGAACCAAUAUCCCUUUCUGCCUUUUUCGUUUGGUCCUCGUAUUUGUAUUGGUUACAAGUUCGCCAUGGCAGAGAUGAAGACCAUACUGCUCACUUUGCUGAAGAACUUCAAAUUCACCGCUGYACCUGGAUUUAAAGUCAAAAGUUUUAUGAAGCUCACGACCAAGCCAGAUCCCAGUGUAAAAGUUCAAWUAUCUUYGUUGAACAACAUCAGCUGAAUAUCUAUACUUUAAAGYACAAAACAGAAUAUUUUUGUUCCUCGAGUGAAAUUGAUAUUUAGAGCGGAUUUCGUAUGACUGUGCAACGGCACGGAUCACGACACGGAAACGGCACGACACGGUCACGGAACCUUGCCUUCUAGGAUUACAAAUAAAAAUAAAGAUUUAACAAUACAUCACCGCUACGGCACGGUACGGUCACAGCGCGAAAGUACCGUUUUUUUUGCACAGUCAUACGAAAUCCAGGGGGUACCCACCUAUAUUUGCUAUACGGGUAUGUUCCGCUCGAUAGGGUCCCUCUUUCGGAGCUUUAAGUCUGGGAUAGGGUAUCAUUUUUGCCUAUUUGUCUGGGUUAGGGUAGCAGUUUUGUCUGUGUUAUGUUUUUUGUCUAGGAAAGGUUUAUAGUCUCAUUGUCUGGGGUGCGGUGGAGUUUUGCCUGUGAUCGUAUCUGCUAGGUCACGCUUUCAGCGCUAAAAUAAUGUACCUUUGUACCUUUGUACCUUUGUACCUUUAGUCUGGGGUAGGGCAUGUCACACCUCCACCCAAGUUGAGGAUUUAGUAACCCCCCCCCUCCCUCCCUCGGGUACGAAAUUCGCUCUAUACAUAGCUUCUAGCUGUUACAGAUUGUCCAAUGUCAGCCUGAACAGGUUCAUAUAUAAAAUGUGUUUUAUUUGAUAUCAGGCUCUAUAUUAUUUUAACAAAAAUAAUGCUUUUAAGGCGGACGAUUGUCGUGUGCGACUUAGUAUCUCAAGCUGCUAAUUCUGAUAUCAUCGGUUAUUUGUAUAUUUUCAGUAGAUGAAAUGCAGCAAUAA